AUGCCUACGGAUCCGAACUCAAACCCUGUUUCAAAAGCAGGUCUGACACCUUCUAGCAUUAACAGCAACAUUUCAGAAGUACAACCAACAACAGGCCUGAAUACAAUCAAUGCUGCCGCAGGCGUCAAAGUGAAGGAGACUGAGAACUUGAGAGCAAACUUCACUGCCAAGUCCAGCUUACCAGCAGGCUCCGAGAUCACCUGCACCCCCCAGUCUUCCCCGUUAUUGUCAUCCACGCCUCCCACAGUUAGCAAGAGCCUGAUCAAGGCCUAUCCAUAUUUGAUUGCUCUCAACAAGAUCUUGGGGGUCCUCACAUGGACCGAUGAUACUUCCUACAUAUCCGUUCUCUUAGUGACGACUGCGACGCUAUUUAUUUUAUACUUCGAGAACUUCGUGAUUUAUCUUGGACAUCUAUCAAUUGUUGGUCUCAUAUUCCUUUAUUCGAUUUUCCGUUCUUAUGUCGAGAAGGAGCAAAAGAAGAGUCCUACGUUGGACGAUGUGGUGCAUUGUUUAACGACCGUCAGCGUUCGUGCGGACAUGCUACUUUUCCCCGUGAGUUCCCUAAAUCUCACUUCGGCAGACCUGCGCAGGCUCCUGUUCACAUCCAUUUUUCUUUCCCCGGGCUACAUCUUGGUCUGCUACCUCCUCUUUCCACCGAAGACGCUUUUGCUCAUACUUGUGAUUUUUUUCCUAACAUAUCACUCCUCGUGGUCAAGGGUUACACGAAAAUUGCUUUGGCGUUCGUCCAUAGUGAGAGCGUUUUGUUUCUAUAACACAGGCUUGAUUUUCGAGUCCGGAAACAACGAAAAAAGCUCGCUUUUCAAGACGGCCAUGAACAAAACCAACAAGAAGCUAAAAGAGGUCACUAGGAAGGCUGGAGGUAAACACAGCGGUCCGGUGAGGUUUACAUAUGUCCUAUAUGAGAACCAGAGACGGUGGCUAGGAGUUGGAUGGACUCCAAAUCUGCUCAGCUACGAAAGAACUCCGUGGACUGACGAGUUCCUCAACGAAGCUGAGUCACCAGACAACUUUGAGCUUCCACAACUAAACGACGACUCGGGCAUGUACUGGAGAUGGAUCGACAAGACUUGGAGACUGGACCUCACCAACGAUGGAGCUUUGCAGUUGCCGUCUUCCAAAUACAAAACUACAGCUGAUCCUAAGCCGGACGAGGGGUUCAUCUAUUACGACAACACAUGGAAGAAUCCGUCCACCGAAGAUUCGUUCAGCAAGUAUACGCGACGCAGAAGAUGGAUUCGCACAGCAGAGCUGGUUUCUCCAGGCGACGACAGCUCUACGGACAGUGCCUCUUUGCCGCAUUCGGCUUCCGAAACUGUGGGGCUGACUCUUCCAAAAUCGACCUCGAUUUCUGACGUGCAGAGUGUCAAUGCAAGUGGCAAUAUCACCACGAGCGCAGAGACUGCUCCGGAUUCCGCAGGAACAGCAAAGAAACGUAAGAGUCUACGAUUCGAUGCUACUUCGACGGUGUACGAGGAAGGGGUGUCUGAUUUGAAAAACGUUAAGGAAACUCUUGAAGGCGGUGCCACAGACAAGAAGGAAGAAUGA